AUGAUUACGGGAAGUGGAUACAUAAAUGAAGUCCACAAUCAGAACGCUAUACCUAUAAACCCCAUUUAUGCUGUUGAUGCUAAUAAUGGUCCAGACAUAGAAAGAUUCUGGAAGAUAGAGUUUAUAGGUAUACAAGAACAACCUAAUGCCGAAGAUAAUGAAAAGGCGUUAGGGCAAUUCAAGGAAAGCAUAUCUAAACACAAUGGAAGAUAUCAAACCGAGAAAGAAGUGCUUCACCAAUACGACAAAACCAUCUGGGACCAAUUACAAUCAGAUAUAAUUGAGGAAGUUAAACCGGAAAUGGAUCAAAGAG